AUGGGGGGCGAGGGGGCGGGCCGCGGCGCGCGCUGGCACGUGGGCGACUCGCCCCCGCGCGCGCCCAUGGGCUUCGCGGCGCCGGCGCCCGAUGCGCCGCUCGACCGCGGACUUGCGCCAGCGCCUGCGCCCGCGCAAACAGCCGCCGCAGCCACAGCUGCGCUACAGCGGGCGCACUCUAGAUCAAUGUCUUCUUUACCGCCAGAGCCUUUUAUGAUGCUGAGAGCGAAAGCUCUCAGCAAACGUGUGAUAAUUAAUGUCGGCGGAGUACGACAUGAGGUGCUAUGGCGAACGCUCGAGCGGCUGCCACAUACACGUCUCGGCAGGUUGCGUGACUGCAACACUCAUGAGGCUAUAACAGAAUUAUGUGAUGACUACUCCCUACAAGAUAAUGAAUACUUCUUUGAUAGGCAUCCGAAGAGUUUUAGUUCUAUCUUAAACUUUUAUCGGACUGGCAAAUUACAUUUGGUGGACGAGAUGUGCGUAUUGGCGUUUAGUGAUGAUCUAGAAUAUUGGGGUGUCGAUGAAUUGUACCUGGAAUCUUGCUGUCAACAUAAAUAUCAUCAACGGAAGGAGCAUGUUCACGAAGAAAUGCGCAAAGAAGCAGAAAGCUUGCGGCAGCGAGAAGAAGAAGAGUUUGGACAGGGGACCUGUGCUCAAUAUCAAAAAUGGCUGUGGGAUUUGCUCGAGAAACCCACUACGAGCAUCGCAGCUAGGGUGAUCGCAGUUAUUUCGAUCCUCUUCAUCGUGCUGUCCACAAUAGGGCUCACUCUCAACACCAUUCCUCAAAUGCAAGUAUACGAGAAUGGCACGCUCAUCGACAAUCCACAGCUGGCCAUGGUCGAAGCCGUGUGCAUCACGUGGUUUACGCUUGAGUACGUGCUGCGAUUUAGUGCCUCACCGGAUAAGUGGAAGUUCUUCAAGGGUGGACUGAACGUUAUUGAUUUGUUGGCUAUAUUGCCCUAUUUCGUGUCUCUCUUCCUACUCGAAACUAACAAAAAUGCGACGGAUCAGUUUCAAGAUGUGCGUCGUGUUGUGCAAAUCUUUCGUAUAAUGCGAAUAUUACGUAUUUUAAAACUAGCUAGACACUCGACCGGGCUACAAUCGCUUGGUUUCACACUCAGAAAUUCUUAUAAAGAGCUCGGACUGCUCAUGUUGUUUCUCGCAAUGGGAGUACUUAUAUUUUCUUCACUGGCAUAUUUUGCCGAAAAGGAAGAGCCGGGGACUAAAUUUAUUUCUAUUCCGGAAACGUUCUGGUGGGCCGGCAUCACCAUGACCACAGUCGGAUACGGUGACAUUUACCCCACGACCCCGUUGGGCAAGGUCAUCGGCUCAGUUUGCUGUAUUUGCGGCGUGUUGGUAAUUGCGUUACCCAUCCCCAUUAUCGUCAACAAUUUCGCCGAGUUUUACAAGAAUCAGAUGCGGCGUGAAAAAGCUCUCAAGCGGCGUGAGGCACUCGAGCGCGCUAAGCGGGAGGGUUCUAUAGUCUCCUUCCACCACAUUAACUUGCGCGACGCGUUCGCCAAGAGCAUGGAUCUCAUCGACGUCAUUGUGGACACAGGACACAACCUGUCACAAGCGGAUGCGACUAGUCUGGAAGGCGAAGCGCCGGUCAGCACUGGCUGUUACAAACAGUAUGAACACGGUCUUGGCAAUAAGAUACCGCAGACUGCUGAGAACAUUCAGUUUCAGAGCAGUCCUAAAAAGGAACAACACUACUCAAGCGAGGGCUUGGGCACGCCGGAGAAACGCUUGCUUAUUAAUCCUGAUCUGACACCAGAAAAGAAGAUGGCUGAAAAACAGCUUGACUUGGAUCAGCUGCCUUCUGAGUUUGAAUGUUGUUUUUGCACGUUUAAGGGUUACAGAGAGUUCAUAGACGCGGAACAACUGAUGCCAAUGCCGACGUCGGAUCUCCGCCAGCCGGUGUGCGUAGAGUUAGCAUGCCUUCAGCGACACCCAGCACCGCGUGCGCUGCCCGAAGCGACUCCCAACAGUCUUGACAGCCCCGAUACAUUUGCAUCAUGCCUUACGCACCCUUUUCCUUCAGAGGGCGACAUCACGUGCGAAAACGACUCGUCAAACUUGUAUGUGAAUCCCUUGGACGGUAGCGGCGGUGGCGGGGCGGGUGAGGAGGGGGUCGGGGGCGUGGCACCAGAUUUUAGCGGUGUGCGCAAGAGCGCCUCGGGGGAUAGGACUGUUUUGUGUGCGAAAGGUUCGCAGGGUGAGGGCUCACCGCGGGGGUCUCGCGGCAGCUUGUCCGGCGUGGCAGCGACCGCGUGCGCUAAUGUCGAGUUAAGCAAGUUUGAUGCUUCGCGCUCGAGUCUGCCGCAUCAGAUAGAUGACAUGCCCGCCGCCGCCGAGGACGUCAAGCCCAAACAUAGAAAAGCGCGCUUUCAACAGGAGUGGCCGGAGGAGGAGAAGAGGCCGCCGAGAGGCAUAGCGACGAGAAUAAUUAAUCAUCAUAUAUUGUUUGGCAAAAACGGCAAUAAGCGCGGAAGUGGCGGCUGGCCUAACGAGAGCGAUUCGAGAUCACGGUCCAUACUCAAAAACAAAGAGUCCCGGGGCACCGACAGUGAAUUGCUCCUUCAGGAGACCACCUCCCUCGGUGCUAACGGUGACUCCGGCAGCGAGUCCUCACCUAUUCGUCUAAAAGACUUCAAGGGCCAGAACCACAAAGGCGGUGCGUCCGACCGGAGCAUCGUCUCG